CUAGAAUGUUUCAGAGGUAUUGAUGUGUCUUGAUAGGAAUCCGAGGUUGUAAUGAUGUUCUUAUUGCAUGAGUGGAUUUCCAGAAAUAAGGACAUCUACUGAGCAUUCCCAGGAUUAAAAACACAUGUUUUGGCCAAUGCUGCAUCUGGGAGAGUACUGAAAAUGUUGGAUUGCUUCUCUUAUUGCACGGGAGAGGACCCAACCGAUAAAGCGUUGAGAGAGGGCAGCAUUCAUGAUUUCAGAGGCAUGACCCUGACUUCAUUUGCCAAUAUUUCUUUAAAAUCUGAUAGCAACAGGAGAAAGUAUAUAGCUGAAGAAGUAGGAAAAUUUGGAAAAGGGAAUAUUUCAGCCCAGGCUUUUACAUUCCAGGAAUUGAAUGACACAACCCAAAAGUUUAACCCUGAUUUCUUGCUUGGUGAAGGAGGUUUUGGCAAGGUGUACAAAGGCCACCUAGAAACCAAAAAUAUUGAUAUUGCAGUCAAACAGCUUGACAGAAAUGGUUUUCAGGGAAAUAGGGAGUUCCUUGUGGAAGUUCUACUGCUGAGUCUUCUCCACCACCCUAACCUUGUAAACUUGAUUGGAUACUGCUGUGAUGGCGAAGAGCGCAUAUUAGUAUACGAGUUCCUGGAAAACGGCUGCCUCGAAGAUCAUCUUCUUGACCUAAAACCUGGUAAACCGCAUCUAGAUUGGAAAACGAGGAUGAAAAUAGCCGAGGGAGCAGCAAGAGGGCUUGAAUACCUACACGAAACAGCCAAUCCUCCAGUAAUUUACCGCGACUUCAAAGCAUCCAAUGUACUUCUAGACAAAACCAAGCUAGGUCCAACCGGGGAUCAAACGCAUGUCUCCACCAGGGUCAUGGGUACCUAUGGCUAUUGUGCGCCUGAAUAUGCCUCCACUGGUCAGCUUUCCACCAAGUCUGACGUUUACAGCUUUGGGGUCGUGUUCUUGGAGAUGAUCACUGGGAGAAGAGUCAUCGAUAACGCUAGACCAAGUGAAGAACAGAACUUGGUUUUGUGGGUACUUGCUCCAUCUCAACUAAAAGUCUAAGCUAAUAGUUGGACUGCACAUUUAUGUUUAUAUUAUAUUUAUGCUCAACAUCCAUUACUAUAUA